AUGAUCCCCACCCCCACCCUCACCCGACCCCCAACACAAAAAACCCUCAACAUAAACCCCCCCAACCCCCACAUCCAUACCACAACGCAACCAACCCCCCAAAAAAACACACCCACCCCAACCCAAAACACUCCACAACACCCCACCCCCACCAACAAAACCCCAACCAACAAAACACUCCCACCAGCACAAACCCAACCCACUCAACCCCACCCACCCCACCCCACACCCCACCCCCCCACCAACCCAUCACAACCAAACAAAACACCCACACACACAAACCACCCACAAAACACACCCAAUCUCCCAAACAACACGCAACCACACCCACACACACCAACACCAAAACCUACCCACCCCAAACCCCCAAAAAACCACCACCCAAGCCACAAACCAAACCCACCACACCACCCAAAUCAAAACCCACCCCCACCCAUCGCACCAAACAACAUCAACCCAAACCCCAAACCAACACCCCCCAACAACACCAAAAACUCCCCCCCCACCCCCCCCAACCCCCACACCAAACACCCCCACCACACCAACACACACCAACACCCACCUCCCCCCUCCACGCACUUAAAACACACCCCACACACACAAAAAAACCCACCACCCACCAACAACAACUCCACCACUAAACUACCCAAAAAACAACCCACCACCCCAACCGCCCCACCACACCCAAACCACCCCCUCACCCACCCUCCAAACACACCCCACAACACAAAACACCCCACUCCCCACGCCCCAACACACACCCCCAACCCCACCCCCCCACACCCCCCCACACCCCCACCCAAACACCACCACACCCCCAACCCUCCACCCCCAAAAACCCUCACCCCACCCCCGCCUCCCACCACACCCCAAAACACCACACAAAACCACAAAACACCAACUCAAAAAAAGCCACCCCAACCCACACCCACACCCCAACACUCAAAAACCCAACCCCCCCCCCAAACCAACCCCCCCCCCCCCACCACCCCAACCCCUCCACCAACCCACCACCCAAACUACACAACAAAAAACCACCCCUAA